UCACAUUUGAGGAGCAGCAGCAGGACAGAAACAUCAUCAUUUCUAACCCAGCGCGAGACUGAAAUCGGUAACGCGUUCGUGCUCGGCUUUUUCCUCUGCCUGAGGGAGACAUGGCAGCGCGGGAAAAUCACACGGAUAUCAUUUCCCGGUCUGAGACUCGAAAGGAAAACGGCUGCAUCCGUCGCGGGAAUGAGAUCUUCUUGCUGGAUUAACAAAGUGAAGGACAAUUUUAUUCAUUAAUGCAUAUUUCCAUUUAACUGUUACCCGAAAACAGCAAAACAGUAGGUUAGAUAUUCUUUAUGAAUGAUAGUCUGUUUGAAUUAAAAUGCAUAUAAUGUCUGCCUAAACGCUAGCUUUAAAAGAACUGUUCUCAAAAGAAUAGAAAAGGCUUUUUUUUUGUCUCCCCUGCAGCUUGGAGACAUUUUUUAAAAGAUUUUCUGACCCACUGAGAUCCUGAGGCAAAAAAAAAAAAAAAGUUGAGUCACAGAAAUUGCCCCAAAAUUUGUGAAGCAGAUGAGAUAGGGUCACACAGGUCAAAAAAAAAAAAAAAAAAAAAGAUCACCACUAAUGAGAGAGAAGCCUCAUCACAUCUCAUCACAUCAGUGUGUAACUAUAACAGCACUAUGGUGAAUUGAUCUAUUCUCGAAGCAGCAGCACAUUUGUGACGUUUGUGUAUGUUUGAGUUUUGCAUGCCGAGAGAUGCUGCUGUGUGACCGAGGCGUACAGAUGCUCAUCACUACAGUGGGCGCUUUUGCCGCCUUCAGCCUCAUGACUAUCGCAGUGGGCACAGACUACUGGCUUUACUCCAGAGGAGUCUGUAAAACCAAAGUCAACCAUGAAAACGAAACGAGCAGGAAAAACGAGGAAGUGAUGACCCAUUCCGGAUUGUGGAGAACAUGCUGUCUGGAAGGGACGUUUCGCGGUGUGUGUAAGAAGAUUGAUCACUUUCCCGAGGAUGCCGAUUAUAAACAGGACACAGCCGAGUAUUUACUGCGUGCACUCCGAGCUUCCAGCGUGUUUCCCAUCAUGAGUGUGGGUUUGUUGUUUAUGGGUGGGUUGUGUGUAGCAGCGAGCGAGUUUUACAGGAGCAAACACAACGUCAUCCUCAGUGCCGGAAUCUUCUUCGUCUCUGCUGGUCUUAGUAAUAUUAUUGGAAUAAUUGUCUACAUCUCGGCUAACUCAGGUGACCCGGGUCAGAGUGACUCAAAAAAGAGUUACUCCUAUGGUUGGUCCUUUUAUUUUGGUGCUCUUUCCUUUAUUAUGGCCGAGACAGUGGGGGUGCUUGCCGUGCACAUGUUCAUAGAAAAACAUCGCAAGCAGCAGCGUGCCAAGACACUCGUCAAAAAAUCAAGUCUCGGCUUCGGCCGCAUCCCUACGUACCGUUACCGUUUCGGGCGCCGCUCCAGUGAAACACCAUCACGGGAUGUCCCAAUGUUCACGCUCUCGCGCGACUCUGACAAAACUUCUGCAGGGAAGCUGCUUGACUCUGACAGAGACUUCCUGCACAACUCUAAUGCUAAGGAUGCGGCCAAUCGGAGAACGACACCAGUGUGACGAGGAUGGAUGGAGGAAAACAAAACAUAGCAGGAACAAAGCACACAGGAAGUGACAUCGAAAUAACGUUACAAGCCUUCUCUCCUAAUAUAAACCUUCUUCCUAAAAUAACCUAAAAACCUAGCUAGUGAUUGUUAGAUCUUUUAAUUACGUUGACUGAUGUGGGACAGGAUACAAGCACACAGGAAGUGACAAUUUUGCCACCAAAUUCCGGAUUUUGUUCACAGAGGCCUAAUAGGAAAUCCAUUGAUUUGAACAGAACACAAUGGAUAAUAGUCAUAUGAUCAGUUUAUGUUACAUUCAGAGCUUUUCUCUUUAUUUAUUUUGGUGCUUCCUUUGAUUCCUUGUUUGUUUUCAGUCAAGCUCAUCAUUUCAUCCUUGGUGACACUCUUUUCCAGGGUUUUAUCGGAAAAUCCCAGCAUCCAAACAGACAGAUAUAAUGACAAAGACUAACUGGAUGCCCACAGAGACCUCGUGUACCCCUCUCAGUCUCACUACAUACAAUUAUCACACAGGAAGCGAUUCCGCCAGGAUGUUACAAACAGGAAACCGAUGUGGACGUUAGAUCAGAUCAUUGAUGCUUCCCUUUGCUUUUAUUUUUUUAAGGUACAAACAAUUUAAAUGUAUCCCCAAAGGUUGAGUGGUGUUCUUUAAGGACCACUGGUAUACAUUAAGGAUGUUGCUUUACAGUUGUGACUCUUGAACUGAAGGUGUAACGCAUGUUGCUCCCCUUUCUCAUUCCACUGACAAGCAUUUAUACCUUAAAAAUUCAAUUUGUUCGAUCUUAUUGAAUAUCCUUUCUCUCUCUCUGUCUUUCUCUUUCAUCCAGUACAAACAGGGUUUAAAAAUGAAAAAAAAAAAAAAUACGAAGGUUGUUAUUAAAUUUCAUGUACAGUUCAUUUCAUUUCCUGUUCUUAUGUUUCUCCAUUUUAUUUAGUACCAUUCAAAAUUAUAAUAACUAUUGUAUAUGUAAUUAUUUAUUAUAUUGUAUUGGAAAACAAAUGUUGCCAGCAUCCGCUGAGCAUACUCAUAUUUAAUUUGUAGAGUUUAAACAAAAUAUAUUAGACAUAUUCUUUCUGUAUUCAUAAACUAAAGUAGUUCAGAAGUUUAAACCAAGUAAGAAAAUAUGUUCAAACAAUUUAUACAAAAAAAAAAAGAAAAUUUCUGCCGAAUUCUACAUAAUUAGCACUUUUUAAAUUCUACUCUAGAGUCAUUCAGUAUUACGAGUACAUACACCUAUAUAAAUGUGAUGUAAAUACAUUAAUAGAAUUAUAAUACAGUAUUUUAGUGGAUAUAUUAGCAUCACACCUUCAAGGGCUUUUGAUUUAAAAAAAUAAAAAAAAAAAGUAUUUAUGCUUACAAGGGCUUUAAAGAUUUAAACAUAAACAUUUCAAUUGAACAUAUAGAAAUGCCUGAGGAAAUUAUUUAAUCAUGUUGAAAUAUGGCACAUUUACAUAUUCACAUGUAUUAAAAUGGCCAGAUGAAAUACUGCUAUAAACAUUAGUAGCAAUUUACAGCCUUCUACUUUUAUCUUUCUAAAAGAAAAGGGUAAAUAAACCACAAAGCCAUUCUAUAUAUACAGUAUAUUUAAUUAUAUAAAAAUACAAAAUUUGUCCAUUUUUCUGUUUUGUCCUCGUCCUCAUGUUCAUCUGCCAUGUUUUAUUCGUUUGUUGUUUUACAUCAAAUAAAAAGUAGUGAUGCUGUACUAGAAUGAUGAUCAUUAUAACGAUUUAUGAUUAGUGCUGCACCAUUAGCCAUUUAAAAAACAUAUUCCAAACACACCUAUUAUGUAUUGUUGGCAUACUUCAGGUUUAACACUCACCCUAC